GACGCUGCUAUUUAAAGAGGGUUGCAUGCAUUUGUAAAUAAACAAUUGUUCCCGGUUGCCUCGGUAGCGCAGUAGUAGCACUAGAAUCUCAAUCGUUCCCGGUUUUUAUGAUUCAUCAUGCUGUGCAGUUUAAGUUAAUUUUCAUUUUAUAAUAAUUUUAAUUUAAAAUUAGUUUCUAAAUUUUAAAUGAUAUUUUAAAUUAUUAUAUAAGUAAAUUUUGCUGAAUCUUUCAUAUCAAUCCAAAAUGAAUUUGCAAUCAAUUAUUGCAAAAUUGAAGCUUAUUACUGUGGAACCCAUUCUUUUCCUUUAUAUGAUGAUAAUAUUUAUGGAAAGUAAUGCGCUUCAAGAAUUGAUUUAUAUAAAAUCUUGUAUAAUGUUAAAAAACCCGGUGAACAUCAGCGAGUGUAGCUAUGCAUUGAAAGCUAAUCAAACAGAUGCUACAAAUUUAGCUACUACAUGGUCAAAAUAUACUGAUAUGUGCUUAUUUAUUUUUACAUUUAUCACUACAUUUUAUGUAGGAUCAUGGAGUGACCGUCUCGGUCGUAAACUUCCCAUGUUGAUUCCUCCAAUUGGUACAGUCAUUGCUGCCUGUAUAAAUGCUGUUCUUUCCUAUUUUAUAAGAAUUCACAUGGCUUAUUUUUUCAUUAGUUCCUUUAUUUCUGGUGUUACAUUUGGCACUGUUGGUAUCAUAGCUACAACUUACGGAUAUAUAUCCGAUUUUACUCUCGAACAAUCCAGGACUAAACGAAUUAUUAUUUUAGAAUCAAUGAUAUUUAUUGGAGGCACUGUUGGAAUAAAAACUGCUGGACUGUUUCUUAAACAUGUACACUAUGAAUGGGAACUUAAUAAUUUUGUUAUGCUCUUUAUAUUUGAAGCCAUAAUAUCUGCUGGCAUUGCAAUAUAUAUUAUUUUCCGAAUUCCAAGCUAUUCUUCUGACUCUCAGUCUCUGUACGGACCCUUGUCUUGGUCAAGUCUUUUCAGUUUAAGACAUGUUGGAGACUCUCUCAAAACUGUUUUUCGUUUUCGUGAGGAAGGAAAAAGGGCAAAAAUAAUACUGAUGUUAAUUGCAUUGAGUCUUACUUAUAUGGGGUCUGUAGUUCAGCUUACACUAUCAUAUUACUUUUUGAGGACAAUAAACUGGAAUUUUGAUGAAUAUACCAACUUCCAUUCCAUUCAAUUUGCUGUGGAAGGGCUUGCACUGAUAUGCAUAUAUCCUCUUCUUCAUCGCUUUCCACGUGUUCCUGAUCAUUGUAUUGGGAUGCUAGGAUUAUUCUCCAGAUUUACAGGAUUAGUUGUUUUUGGACUCAGUGCCUUAAGUACUAACCAUGAUUAUAUGGUUUAUAGCUGUAUCAUUUUAUAUAUGUUCUCUGAGUUUCCAGUUCCUGCUUUACGUUCAAUUUUGUCCAAAACUGUUGCUUCUGAUGAAAGAGGAAGAAUUUUUGCAUUUACAACUGUUCUGCAAAACAUAUGUUUCUUAUUGGGUUCAUUUUCACUUAUGACAGUGUUUACUGAAACUUCUUUCCAUGGGCUAAGUUUUGAAGUAGCUGCUGGCUUACAGGGAAUAGCCUUCGUCAUCAUGCUAUAUCUUUAUUUAACUAGAAGUACAUAUAUCACAGCCUAUGAAACUAUUGAACAUGAUGGAAGUGUAAGUGAGAUCUGCAGUGUUGCUGCAUCAACUGGCUCUGUGAACUCAUAAAUAAAAGGGGCCUUCAAAAUAUUUUGAACAUCUUAUAAUGCAUGCAAUUAGAAUCUAUGAAAUAGAUUUUUUUUAGAUUGUACCGGUGCGAAUUGAUUAUUUUAUUUAAAAUAUGAUAUUCUUUCUCAUUUUAAAAAUUGUUAAAAAUUUUAAUUAUUACUUGUAUAUUUUUAUUGUAUAAAACGUAUAGUGUGUUGUUAAUUGACAUUAUGAAAUAUGUUUAGCUUUUUUACUUGUUUUUAUUUCAAUGUUGAUUUCAAUAAAA